CUAUUUUGGGUGUAGGAGCGCGGAGGGAGGAGGGGCGCCGGCGGGCUGGGCGCGGGCGCGCGGGGAAAGCCUCCAGCUCGGGCUGCCACGGCAACCGCGUCCAGGCAACGCGCCCGGAAGCAGCUCUGGGCGGCGCGCGGCGGCUCGCGCCCUUCCCCGGGUGGGGGAACCGCGAACCCCCGGCCGGGCCGCGCGCGCGCCGACUGGAGCGCGGGCCCGUAGCCGGGUUCGCCCCGCACAGCCCCGUGCUCGCGGCCACCACAUCCAGAGCGCCAGCGACGACAUGGGCAGCCGCGGCGCGCCCGAUCCGCGCGCGGAUGUGAAUUAUUAAAAAGAAAAUGGCCCAACAGGACACUGUAUUUCCUUCUCUUGUCACCCAGGAAGGGUAUACUAUCUGGAAAAUAUGCAUCUAAGGCGAGUGAGGACCAUGCCCCGACACAGCCAGUCCCUGACCAUGGCACCCUAUUCUUCUGUGAGCCUGGUGGAGCAGCUGGAAGACAGGAUCCUCUGUCAUGAGAAAACCACGGCAGCCCUGGUGGAGCAUGCCUUCCGCAUCAAAGACGACAUCGUCAGCAGUUUGCAGAAGAUGCAGAACAAAGGGGGAGGGGACCGCUUAGCCAGGCUGUUCUUGGAAGAACAUAUCAGGAAUAUAACUGCUAUCGUGAAGCAACUGAAUCGGGAUAUCGAGGUUCUCCAGGAGCAAAUCCGUGCCAGGGACAACAUCAGCUAUGGAACUAAUUCUGCCUUAAAGACGCUGGAGAUGCGCCAGCUCUCUGGCUUGGGAGAUCUUCGAGGAAGAGUUGCGAGGUGCGACGCCAGCAUAGCCAGACUCUCGGCAGAGCAUAAGACGACCUACGAAGGCCUCCAGCACUUGAACAAGGAGCAGCAAGCAGCCAAGCUGAUCCUGGAAACAAAAAUCAAAGAUGCAGAAGGACAGAUUUCUCAGCUUUUGAGCAGAGUGGACUUGUCCAUCUCAGAGCAGAGUACCAAACUGAAGAUGUCCCACAGAGACAGCAACCACCAGCUUCAGCUCCUAGAUACUAAAUUUAAAGGUACAGUCGAGGAGCUCAGCAACCAGAUUUUAUCUGCCCGGAGUUGGCUGCAACAAGAACAAGAACGGAUAGAGAAAGAACUUUUACAGAAAAUCGAACAUCUUUCCUUGAUUGUUAAGGAAAACAGUGGAGCCAGUGAAAGAGACAUGGAGAAAAAGCUCAGCCAGAUGUCAGCCAGGCUUGACAAAAUCGAAGAGAGCCAGAAGAAGAACGUGGAAGGACAGAGAACGAAGCCGGAAGAGGAGAAGGUGCAUGGACGGAUCAGCAAACUGGAGUUACAGAUGAAUGAGGACAUGAAGGAAAUGAAAGCAGAGGUUAAUGCUGGGUUUACAGCCAUCUACGAAAGCAUAGGAUCCCUGAGGCAAGUGCUGGAGGCCAAGAUGAAGCUGGACAGGGACCAGCUACAGAAGCAGAUCCAGCAGAUGCAGAAGCCAGAAACUUCCAUGUGAAGAGGGCUGGGACGAGAACCUGGCAGGAGAAGAGAUAGCCUGUGGGACUAAGAACCAGACACCUUUGCAGCUGGACCAUGGCUGCGUUCUGGAUCCCAUCCAGGGUGUGCAUGUGCCAAGAAACAUGUUCUCAUGGGUCUAAACGUUUACCUUAUUGAAAACACCUUUAUUCAAAAGUCUUCAGUACAAUUUUUACAACUGUAUUUCCCUAUCUAAGUGCAGUUGAGCCCUAUGCCCUCAGAUUUUGAAAGGCUUUUAUGAAUGAAAAGAAUUUAUUUUCAAUGCCUGAUGCUCUAGCCAAGACUACUAUUUUGGGGGGAAAAAACCUGCCAUGGUGUUUUUUUUAAUUAAGAAAUGAAUAAUGUAUUGCUUCUCACCCUACAUUAAGAGAAUGGCCUGGUAGAUUAGAAUUCAACUUGAAGUCCA